AUGGAAAAGAAGAUGCUUGUGAUACUAUCUUCGCUACUGUUUACAUGUUUAGCUGACUCGUUUUCUGACGUUAUUUUACAAGAGUGGGAGACAUUCAAGAUCCAGCACGGCAAGACGUACGUCACGAACGUGGAGGAGAAGUUCCGUCUGAAGAUCUUCAUGGAGAACAAAAGGAAGAUAGCGAGGCACAACGCACGCUAUGAAAGAGGGGAAGUCACCUUCACACUCGGCAUGAAUGAAUAUGGAGAUUUGCUGCCGCACGAGUUCGCGCGCGCGCUGAACGGCUUCAACCGCACCGGCGCCGGCGGGGCGCGGUCCGAGGACGGGGUCGCCUUCAUCGCGCCGGGGCUCGGGGAGCUGCCCCGGAGCGUGGACUGGCGGCGGAGGGGCGCGGUGACCCCCGUCAAGAACCAGGGCGACUGCGGCGCGUGCUGGGCCUUCAGUGCCACCGGGUCCCUGGAAGGCCAGCACUUCAGGAAGACCAAGAAGCUCGUCUCCCUGAGCGAGCAGAACCUGAUUGACUGCUCGGGCCAGUACGGGAACAACGGCUGCGAAGGAGGUCUCAUGGACUACGCCUUCCAAUACAUAAAGGCGAACCGUGGCAUCGACACGGAAAAGUACUACCCGUACAAAGCAACAGAUGGCAGCUGUCGCUAUAACCCCAAGGACAAGGGCGCGACGGACAAGGGCUUCGUGGACCUGGAGAGCGGCAGCGAGGAGCAGCUGCAGCAGGCCGUGGCCGCCGUGGGGCCGGUAUCCGUGGCCAUAGACGCCAGCCGCAGCUCCUUCCAGCUCUACAAGGACGGAGUGUACUUCGAGCCGGACUGCAGCAGCGCGCAGCUGGACCACGGGGUGCUGGUGGUCGGCUACGGCGGCGAGGAGGACUCCCAGUUCUGGAUCGUGAAGAACUCCUGGGGCCGAUCCUGGGGCAAGAAGGGCUACAUCCUCAUGUCGCGCAACAGGGACAACAACUGCGGCAUCGCCACCUGCGCCAGCUACCCGCUCGUCUGAUCGCCGCCAGUCCAACUGCUUCAUAGCCACUAUUUCCUGCUACCAGGGUGUCAACUCCCCAUUCAGUAAUGUUACAAAACUUCUUUUGGGCGCGGUGAUAGUAAAAUUUUUAAAGCUGUAUUUCAAUGCAAAGUAUUCGUGAAACAUUUUUGUGAUACUUUUAAGACGUGAAAAA